AUGGCAAAGCUUAUUCUCCUCACAGGUCUGGCCUUUCUGCUGAAUUCUCAGCUAGGUUCUGCCUACCAGCUGGUAUGCUACUUCUCUAACUGGGCCCAGUACCGUCCAGGCCUGGGAAGCUUCAAGCCUGACAACAUCGACCCCUGCCUCUGCACUCACCUGAUCUAUGCCUUCGCUGGGAUGAGUAACAAUGAGAUCACCACCAUUGAAUGGAAUGAUGUGGCUCUCUACAGUUCUUUCAAUGACCUGAAAAAAAAGAACAGCCAGCUGAAAAUUCUCCUGGCCAUUGGAGGCUGGAACUUUGGAACUGCCCCUUUCACUGCCAUGGUUGCCACUCCAGAGAACCGCAAGACUUUCAUUUCUUCAGUCAUCCAGUUCCUGCGCCAGUAUGGAUUUGAUGGGCUGGAUUUUGAUUGGGAGUACCCUGGCUCUCGUGGAAGCCCUUCUCAGGACAAGCAUCUCUUCACUGUCUUGGUGCAGGAAACACGUGAAGCUUUUGAACAGGAAGCCAAGCAAACCAACAAGCCCAGGCUGCUGGUCACUGCGGCAGUAGCUGCUGGCAUCUCCAAUAUCCAAGCUGGCUAUGAAAUUCCCCAGCUAUCCCAGUACCUGGACUUUAUCCAUGUCAUGACCUAUGACUUCCAUGGUUCCUGGGAAGGCUACACCGGAGAGAACAGCCCUCUCUACAAAUACCCAACUGACACUGGCAGCAAUGCUUACCUCAAUGUGGAAUACGCCAUGAACUACUGGAAGAACAAUGGGGCCCCGGCUGAGAAGCUUAUCGUUGGAUUCCCUGCCUAUGGACACAGUUUCACCCUAAGAGACGCUUCCAACAAUGGCAUCGGUGCCCCCACUUCUGGCGCUGGUCCUGCUGGGCCCUAUACCAGGGAGGCUGGGUUCUGGGCCUACUAUGAGAUCUGCACCUUCCUGAAAGAUGGAGCCACUGAGGUAUGGGAUGACUCUCAGGACGUGCCCUAUGCCUACAAGGGCACUGAGUGGGUUGGCUAUGACAAUGUUAACAGCUUCAGAAUCAAGGCUCAGUGGCUUAAGGAGAACAACUUUGGUGGUGCCAUGGUCUGGGCCAUUGACCUGGAUGAUUUCACAGGCACUUUCUGCAACCAGGGCAAGUUCCCCCUGAUCAACACCUUGAAGGAUGCUCUUGGCCUGAAGAGUGCAACCUGUAGCGCCUCCACUCCGACCAGUGAGCCCAGCAGCAAUCCUGGAAAUGAAAGUGGGAGUGGAAAUGAGAGCAGCAGCUCUGAGGGUAGAGGAUACUGUGCCGACAAAGCUGAUGGCCUCUACCCAGUGGCGAAUAACAGAAAUGCCUUCUGGAACUGCGCAAAUGGAAUCACAUACGAGCAGAAUUGCCCCACCGGGCUUGUCUUUGACACCAGCUGUCACUGCUGCAACUGGGCAUAAAACUGACCUGUGUCUCCAUUUCCUAGGGUACAAGUCUCCUUUGCCUAGCACACCUUGUUCCUACCUAAAGAGUUCUGCAAUAAAACGCAUCAGUUAAAACAUGA